AUGUCGCUGUUUCGCUCCCCAGCCGACAUGUCUUCGAGCUCUGAUUCCGAGUCAGAAUCAGAAUGUGAAGAAAGUCAACCACAACAUUCAGGGGCCUCCACCCCACGCCAUUCGACAAGAAGUCAAACUCACAGCCCGCAUAAAGGCAAGGCCAGCCAACCUCCGGCAAAGUCAGAAUCAACUGACCCGGAUUCCUCGGUCUCCUUCGAUGAUGGCUCCAGACUACCACAAGAAAUGGUAGACCUGAAUGUUGACCAGCAUGCAAAUGUGAUGACAGCUGCCCUGUUGGAAUUCUAUUGUCAAAGUCGGGCAGCAGACAUUCUCAAUGCCCAAAGCGGCUCAGGGAAACAGUUUAGCCGGCACAGUCCAGAGGCUCAAUAUCUUGGGAAGAAACUGUACAGAUACAAAUCAGACUUUUUGUCAUCACACGGAGUGCUGGCCGGUGGCAUUGAUAGAGAGGAGAUGGGGCCAAGCAGACAGACUUAUCGUAACAACCUUGAUUUGCUUGGAAUAUCUGCCCUCGAAGAAAUGAAGUUUCAUGACCCCAACGUCCGGUCGCCCACAAUCGGCUCAGGUGGCGACCAUUCUUUGAUCAAAAAAUUAUCAAAAAUGCCAGACUUUGGACAUGCCGACACUCCUGCUUUGAUCCGGCGCAAAACUGAGCCGAACUAUGCAUUCGAAAAACAUCUGCCUUCUGGCGGAAACUUCGAAUUUCUGCCCACUGUCCCUGACAUUCCAAGAAAUCUAUCACACCCUUCAAUCCCUUUGUUUGGCAGUUCACCGGUUGGCAUUCCAUUAUUCCACUCGCCAACAACGCAGAACUACAACCACUCUUCGAGGUAUUCAGUUGAGUUCAAACAGCUCAAGGUCUUGGGGCGUGGUUCCUUCGGUGAGGUAUUCCAUGUCACAAAUCACAUCGACGGCCAAGACUAUGCAGUCAAGAAAAUUCCACUCAGCCAAAGACGGCUCGAACAGCUGCAGUUUGGGGGUCAGAAUCAGCUGGAAGUCAUCAUGAAGGAGAUUCGAACCCUUGCCCGUCUUGAGCAUACGAACAUUGUUCGGUAUUAUGGCGCAUGGGUAGAACAAGCCCAUAAUCCACAGUCGUCACCCGAGGAUUAUCACCCAGGCCAUGAAACCUUUGAGUCGCCGCGGAAUGACCUACCAUCGCCAGGCACGCCGAAUGGGUCCAGCAUGGGAAUUGUCUUUGGAAAGUCCGAAAGCUCAAACCCAGAGUCGCAAGCGAGUUCUUUGGCCGAAGAUCAUAGCUUCUCCGAAAGCAUUCGACGCUGGGACAGCCACGCGACUAGCUCAUCUCGGCAAUCGAAGAAGAGUUCACGAAAGGGCUUCAAUGAUGAAGAUGAAGAUAUCGAAUCUAUUCCCCGCAACUUUGAGAACACUUCGUAUGGGGAGACAUCGACCUUCGGAGAAACUGAUGACAUUUUCACCGAUGGACUAAGUCAAGAUCAGUCCAAACUCCAAGUGCAAACCCAAUUCCGACCUGGCCAUCCACCACCCGCAGUCAUCCUUCACAUUCAGAUGUCACUCCAUCCCAUAUCACUUGGGUCCUAUCUCAACCCCCAAGCCGCCCCCAAACUCGAUGAGCAUUCGAUUCCCAGGCGCCACUGCUUCCACCUACUGCCCUCUUUGAAGUUGUUGAUAGACAUCGUUUCCGGCGUUGAAUACCUCCAUGCGAAGGGAAUUGUGCACCGAGACUUGAAACCGGCGAAUAUCUUCCUGUGCGCACCGGAAAGCACCUCGGCCGACAUUUGUGUCUCCUGUAGCUCGAACGACGCCUCUCUCGUCCAAUUCUGUCGUCCUCGCAUUGGCGACUUUGGUCUGGUGGCAGACAUAUCACAUCUCAAUGAAGUCACCUCGGGGGCUGUUACGCCAUACCGAGAGAGUCCGAAAAUCCAGCGGGUAGUUGGAACGGAGUUCUAUCGUCCUCCGGCCAAUGUCUCCGGAAUUCCAAGUGACCCGAACUCUCCGGCAGACUACGUUGAUGAGUACAAAAUCGACGAGAAGUUGGAUGUUUAUGCGCUUGGUGUCAUUCUUUUUGAGACACUGUAUCGUCUGAACACGAAGAUGGAAAGGCAAUUUCUCUUGAAUGAUCUGACUCGUGGGUCAGGCCAAGACCCCUCUGAGCGCACCAUAUUCCCGGCCGACUUUGCUGCCAAAAUUGACAAUGGUUCGAUGAUGUUGGAUGAUGGAGUCACAGUCGCAGAGUCCCUUAUGAAAUGUAUCAAGGGCAUGCUUGAACCUCGCUCGCAAUCUCGUUGGGGCUGUCAGGACGUCAAGGAGCAUUUGCGGAGGAUCAAAAAGGCCGUUCGUCGAGCCGAGACACAAGGGAUCAAUGACAACUAA